AGUGCCUCAGCGAGUACGAACGAAACGCUUUCGAAGAGAAGCGAAAGAAAGUCCCUCUUCUCGCGUUCAUCCGGGGGGAAAUUUGCUUCUCUAACAUAAGAGAGCAUACAUAAGGCAAAAGUAACUACGACAAGUGUGUGCGCGCGUGCACGCACAAUACCCGGGGACGACAACGACCACCACCAACUAAGAGGAACUGGAAGAUCUUUGAACAAAGAAGUAAACCAACAAUUGUUACUGAAUGUUCAAAUAAAAAGAAGAAAAGAAGAACAACUUCAUUCUUGAAUACUUUGACCAAAACAAGACUUAGAAGAAUUUGAAUUAUGGGUUCCUGUCGAGGAUUAUAUAUGGUGCUAAGCCUGGCGGCUUUUCUAACUUUGCUCGGUCCAACGGCCGCUGUACGCAUCAAACAGGCCACCUCUAAUAGGAAGGACGGUGAGACGUUAGACCAAUCAGCAUCCUCGUCUUUUUGGAGUUCGACUAUCAAAUCACAAAGUAUAUUUCCAACCGACUCAUCGGAUUUCUUUUCAUCCGGAGCUGGAAUAAUUCAAGGAACACCAUCCAGCGUUUUUCGUAGUGGAUUUGGUGGAAUAGAUAAUUUGGGUAGUCGUGGUGCUACCAUAAGACCACCAAGAACAAGACCACUUGAUUAUAGUGAAAGAGCAACCGCUGAAUUACGAAGAAAUCCUUCACUAUCGUCGCCGGACGAGUGUGCUCGUGCUUGUCGCGAAAACGAACCACCAAGGAUAUGUUAUUAUCAUUUCACCCUUGAAUACUAUACAGUACUUGGCGCAGCUUGUCAAAUAUGCACACCAAAUGCAACGAAUGUUGUUUGGAGCGAGUGUCAAUGCGUUCUAGCCGAUGGUGUCGAACGUGGUAUUUUAACAGCCAACCGAAUGAUACCAGGACCAAGUAUACAAGUUUGUCAAGGUGAUAAAGUGGUAGUCGAUGUGGAAAAUCAUAUGGAAGGUAUGGAAGUAACCCUUCAUUGGCAUGGUGUUUUCCAAAAGGGUUCACAAUACUACGACGGUGUACCAUUUGUUACACAAUGUCCCAUACAAGAAGGUAGCACGUUCAGGUAUCAAUGGACAGCUGGCAACGAAGGUACACAUUUCUGGCAUGCACAUACCGGAUUACAAAAAAUGGAUGGACUUUAUGGAAGUAUAGUAGUUCGUCAACCACCCAACAAAGACCCUAACAGUAAUCUCUAUGAUUACGAUUUGACUACUCACGUACUUUUGAUGAGUGAUUGGUUCCACGAAUAUGCUGCUGAACGAUUCCCAGGACGUUUAGCUGUUAAUACUGGUCAAGCACCUGAAAGUGUUCUUAUCAAUGGAAAAGGACAAUUUCGAGAUCCAAAUACUGGUUUCAUGACUAAUACACCUCUAGAAGUUUUUACAAUAACACCUGGACGUCGUUAUCGUUUUCGACUAAUCAAUUCAUUUGGAUCCGUUUGUCCGGCACAAAUUACUUUCGAAGGUCACGCUUUAUCCGUCAUCUCAACUGACGGUGAAUCUGUACAUCCCGUAACCGUGAACACCAUCAUUUCAUUUUCUGGUGAACGUUACGAUUUUGUGAUAAACGCUGACCAACCAGUAGGAGCAUAUUGGAUCCAAGUACGUGCUUUGGGUGAAUGUGGUAUUCCACGUGCCCAACAACUGGCAAUAUUGCGUUAUGCGCGUGGCCCUUAUCAACCAACUUCUACUCCACCCACGUACGAUUAUGGUCUUCCACAGGGUGUCGUAUUGAAUCCACUCGAUGCCAUUUGCAAUCGUCCCAGGGAAGAUGCCAUUUGUGUUAGCCAAUUGAAAAAUGCACGUCACGUAGACGAAGGUAUUUUGCAACAACGACCAGACGUCAAAAUAUUCUUGCCAUUCCGUUUUCUAUUCUACAGACCGGAAGAAGUCUUCCAACCACAAACCUACAAUCGUUUCUUAGUUGCACCGACUGGAGAUCACGUGAUUUCACUCGUAGACGAGAUAUCAUUUACGUUUCCACCUGCACCGUUGCUUUCGCAAAUCGACGAUAUACCACCUGAACAAUUUUGCAAUGGUGAUAACAGACCUGCUGAUUGUGGUGCUAAUUGUAUGUGCACGCAUCAAGUUGAUAUACCCCAUAACGCGGUUGUUGAAGUUGUACUCGUAGACGAGGUACAACAACCAAAUUUGUCGCAUCCAUUCCAUUUGCACGGAUAUGCGUUUAACGUGAUAGGUAUUGGUCGUUCACCUGAUAAAAAUGUAAAGAAAAUUAAUUUAAAACACGCAUUGGAUCUCGACAAGAGAGGAUUACUUCACAGACAAUUUAAUUUACCACCUGCCAAGGAUACAAUUGCUGUGCCAAACAACGGUUACGUUAUUUUCAGAUUCCGUGCUGAUAAUCCAGGAUAUUGGCUGUUCCAUUGUCAUUUCCUCUUCCACAUAUUGAUCGGUAUGAAUUUAAUUUUACACGUUGGUACGCACGCGGAUUUACCACCUGUACCACCGAAUUUCCCAGUUUGCGGUAAUCAUUUGCCACCUAUAACACCGCCGUUACCAUUAGAUAGCAUAUAUCAUUGAUCAUAUUCGGCUAGAAAGAAAUAAAUAUAUUUAAAAAAAAAAAAAA